UCUCUCUCUCUCUCUCUCUCUCAGGGUCGGGUUUUUCCUCUUAAAGUCCACCAGAUUGAUACAUUUAAACACUCUGCUGUCUCACCACGACUAUUUUCCAAGGUCACAAGAGAUGAUUAUCCAAGUUCUCAAUAGCGUUUCUCCUGUUAAUAUUGUACGUACCAUGUUAAUAUAUCAAUAGAACCAUUAAAAAAAAUCACCCCUAAAGACCCGUGUAACUUCAAAUCACUCUGAAUGUAGUGGAGGUGGAAUAUAGUAAAGUUUUAACUUCUGUGGACUUGUGUGGUGCGGGACGUCGUCUCUUCACCAGCGUAGGGAUCGGGCUUCACUGGAUUGUGGGGCUGCUGUGUUGAUGCUGACGCUCGCUGUGCCCCAUAAGGCUGCUCCGCUGCUGUAUUCGGUCUUGAUGUGUCAGUGGCAGUAAGCAUCGUCGCUCCAUCCCGUUGUUGUGAUGGAGUGCCUUGCACGUAUCGCCAGUGCCGCAGACAGUGUCGACUUCUACAUGAGAGAAGAACAGGGCUUGGCACUGUGUCAUAUACUUACUUAAUUAAGAGCGCACACGUCCUCCAUCCAUCGCUGUCGUCAUGCAUCACUUUUCACUUCCUCGUUCGUUUGUGAAAGGAUCGGAAAAAGAAAACCGCGGUGAAAGUACGACAGGCUUCUCCUACCAGCGACAUUCUGAGGGCACAGCAGGCAGCAUGUGGAGGCCUGUGAGCAGCAAGAACGUGGUCUCUUCCCUCAGUCCCGCCAGGCGCUGCGGGAGGCUCCUUGUUCUCUCCCUCGGCCUCGUGCUGCUGUUUCUCUAUUGGGAUCCAAUUCGUGAGGCUCAGAAGGAACAAUAUCAUUUGGGACACGAGAAUGUUCUGGGUCAAGAAAAUAAUGGAGAACUUAGUGAUGGUACGUCAUUAAGUGCAGAUUCUCAGAACAUUGAUAGGCGUGACAACAGUGCGUCUCCAGAAGAAAAGUUGAAAAGAAUCGUGGACAAACGUAAUGGUGUGCCCAGAAAUUACUCUGAAAAUACUUCUGUAAUGAAAAGUGAAGUAGAUGUAAAUAAAACCGUCGAGGAAAUAAAGAAAACAAAUUUGAAUUCCUUGAGGAUAAACCAAACUGCUCACCUCACCACCAUCACCACCGCCACCAGCACCAGCAACGCUUCAGCCACCACCACCACCACCACCACCGCUACCAAGCACCCUCUAGCCACUACCACCACCACCACCGUAGAAUAUCCCACUGAUCACCUAUCACAUGACAGCUUCGUGAAUCACAAGAAAAUACUCUUUUACACGAGAUUCUUUAGCGAGACAUGGGAGGAGGAGCUCAAAGUAAGAACCUCCUUGAUGCACAAAUGCCCCGUGAGCACCUGCGUGUUUCUGGAGAACAGCUCGCAUCCCGAAGACACGGACGCGGUGGUAUUUCACUCCUUUGACUUCGAUCCCGAGCAGGUACCAGCCGUGCGUCGACCAGAGCAAGUGUACGUGUGGCUGAGCAUGGAGUCUCCUAAGUGGGAUGGAUUUAGUUACGGCAAGAUUCUGCAAUUUGGGCGUCCAGGGUUCUUCAACUGGACGAGUACUUACCACCGAGAGUCUGACGUGAUGCAUCCCUACGGUGGAUUAUUGCCGCUGCAGGGGGAAGUUGAUUACGUGCGUCCUGGACUCCUCAACAAGUCCGGGGUCGCCUACGGGGAGUAUCUGGCGGCGCUGGCUGGCGGGGACCUUCAACAGGAGAUCAAGGGGAAAGAUUGGGCAGCCUUCCUGGAGCGUCCUAAACUUGUGGUCUGGAUGGUGUCACACUGCAGCACUUCCUCAGGUCGUGAGGUGUACGUGCAGGAGCUACAGCAACACACUGAGGUGGACGUGUUUGGGUCGUGCGGGGAACUGAAGUGCAGCAUUGAAAGUAUUGAAGAGUGUUACACCAAGGUACUCAGACCGACCUACAAGUUCUACCUGGCCUUUGAAAACAACCUGUGCGAGGAUUACGUUACGGAGAAGGCGUGGCUGCCGCUGCGUCACGGCCUGGUCCCCGUGGUGUUUGGCGGGGCGCGGUACUCCGACAUCCUGCCACCGCUCUCCUACGUGGACGCAACUCACCGCACGCCUCUCCAGCUGGCUAAUCAUCUUUCCAGCAUCGCAAGGUCGCCGCAGCUGUAUGGGCGUUACCACCUGUGGAGGAAGUACUGGGAGGUGCUGCCAUGGCCUCCCUUGUGUGAGAUUUGCCUCAAGCUGCACAGUCUAGUCAGUCCAAUGCACAGGGACGGCGAGGACAUGGGGCGGCGACGCUACUACCCCAACCUUCGUAGCUGGUGGUGGAGUGUUAAUAAUUGCACGACUCUCUAUCCGCGACGCCGCUACCCACAUUUGGAGUUUGUGGGUCUGUAGUGCACCCGUGUCACCAGUGCUCCGCCAUGAACGUGUACACAGGAUGGAUAUACGAGUAUGUCUUCGCGUCUUCAACCAGCCAGCAGACAUUCCCUUCUAUGCAUUGUGGUUAAAGUGUUCUAUCAAGUAUCUGAAGAACUAAAGUGUUAAGCCGCCUACACACUCCUGCAUUGACCGGUAGGAUUUGCUUACUUCCCGGCACAAGUCCAUUGAGCAACGGUUCUUCAAAUGAUGGUUAGCCAGGCAAAGUCCUGCAGUAGCGAGAGUACAGUAGCGAGAGCAGGGUUGGGUGUGGCACGAUCACCAAAGUGCACACCAAAAGUAACCUGAUGACUACCAAUAAGACUCACAUGCAAUAUACUGGGCUUGAUAUAAACUUUUCUUAAUGAAGCUUCCAUAUCAC